AUGGCUGCAUCAGCUACGACACCAUACAGCAUUCUCGGAGCGACUAAAACGAGUAACGAUUUCCAAUUGCGUAAUUUAUACCGUGGACUAAUUCAUCAGUUCAAAGCAGAUCGACAGAAACCAGCUAAAAAUCGUACGAUUACGGUCGAACAAUUUCGAAAAAUUUGUCGUGCUUAUGAAACAUUAUCCGAUCAUGAAAAACGAAAGCUUUAUGAUGAGCGGCAAGAGUGGAUUUCUGAUUUAGCGAUACCAAAAUAUACACUUCAACAAUUAGCAGCGGAACCUGAUCUUUCAUUAGAAUUAAGGCAACGAUUACAAUAUGCGACAUUGAAAGAAAUUAAUGCACAAGAUCGAGUAACAGGCCAUACACCGCUGUAUUGUGCAGCACGUGCUUGCAAUAUUGAAGCUGUACGCUAUUUGAUUGAACAAGGUGCCGAUCCAGAUCGACCACAGCGAACAGGAAGCACAGCUUUGCAUGUAGCGGCAUUCUAUGGACAUCCUGAAAUAGUUCGCUGUCUGCUAGAAUGUGGAGCCAAUUAUCAGUUAACAAAUACUCACGGAAAUGUGGCCGAAAAAGAGUCUUUUAAUGAUGAAGUUCGAAACACUUUUGCUGAAUUGAAACAGACGCCUUUUGUUCAAGCAGCUACUAAUCAACUUGAUUGGUUCAAAGAAAAUAUCAAGAAUAUUCUAAAACAUAUUGAUACACAAUAUCAUGCUCAACAACAGACAUUACUUCAUUGUGCAUGCAAAAAGGGUUAUCUCGAUCUUGCUAAAUGGUUCAUCGAACGACAAUCAGCUGCGGUCGAUAUUGUGGAUAUCAAUUUGAAUUCGGCUCUACAUCUUGCUGCGUAUGGUGGACAUGCAUCAAUCGUCGAAUAUCUUCUAAAUCAAGGUGCCAACUCAACUCUAAUCAAUAAAUGGGGCAUGACAGCUGAACAAGAGGGCCUAGUUAAUGGUACCCGAAUUACCGAUUUAUUUCGACUAAUGCGUGAAAAGAAUAUGUUUCAAAUGGCUAAGGAUGGUAUAAAUUGGUGGUUUAACUAUCAUUUUGAUAGCAAAUCGUCUAAUGCCGUGGAUAAUCAGGGUACAAGUUUACUCUAUAUUGCAUGUCGCUUUGGUCAAACAUCUGUUGCAAAAUGCCUUUUGGACAAAGGUGCAAAUAUAAAUGUACAAAUACCAGGCAAAGGUAGUACGCCAUUGCAUGGUGCUGCAUUUCAUGGACAUUUAUCUACAGUUCAGUUAUUGUUGUCUCGAGGUGCUGAUGUUAGUAUCAAAAAUCAAUAUAAUGCUACGGCUUUGGAUGAAGCCAAAGGUGACGAAAUAAAAAAACUUUUACAAGAACAUCGAAAUAAUUUAGCUUCUGACAAGUGCAUUCCUGUACACUUGUUUGGUGAUGGUAAGAGUUUCGGGAAUGAACCAAUGGUAAAAGUACAAUUACACUGUGACGCAACGAUUAGUGAUCUCAUAAAGGCUAUACCAGAACCAUAUCAUGAUAAAUAUCGAUGGUUUUCAAUUGCUCGAAGCCCUUUAAAUUUUGAAAGUGAAACUACAACAUUAAUAUCAGCCGUGUGUCGUGCUCGUUAUGCGAACUCGAGAUUCGUAGAUUUACCAAUAUGCCUCAUAACCUAUAAUUCUCCUCGCUAUAUGAAUAGUGGUUAUGCACAGAGAAAUGAACUGGCCAGUUCUAACUUACGUGCUUUUCACAGCAAGUUUGACUCAAAAUGUAGCGAUGCAUCUUUUCAAAUUAAAGCUAAAUCAAAAGACACACAAACGUAUAAUAUUAAAAAUGUGUCAUUUACUUUUGCACCUGGUUGCGCUGAUAACAAUAUUUCAAUUGAUGUAAAAUAUAUUUUUGCACCAGAUCGUGACAACUUUCAAUUACCUGAGUGUGUUUGUUUAUUCCAAACGAAUUAUACUAAUAAAAAUGACAAACUAAAUGAUAUGCCAACUAUAACAGUCAAUGGUGAAACAAAUGUGAAACUAUACACGUGGAUGCCAAACUCCGCCUACUGGUUUUCAUACAGUAAUCAACAUAAUCGUUUACCUCGCAUUGGUGGUCUGCAUGCCUUGAUACGUCAUGUCGAAUUUUUUUCGAACACACUUUGUCUGCCACCAGAUAUGUUCAUUGAAGCUGCUGUUGGAGAGAAAUUUCAACCACGUGAAACUCCUGUGAUUUGCCAAUAUCUUAAGAUAUGUGACUAUGAUCCGCAACUUUUUCCGCACAUUGCCUAUCAUGGUACUUCUAUUAAUGUUAUUCGAUCGAUACUCAUGGAUGGGCUCGUAAUGCCAAGCACAGUUGUCUCUAACGGUUUUCGUGUCUGUCCACCUGAUAAUCAUAUUGCACGAGGAGUCGAAGCUUUUGGUAUUGCUGAUUUUGCUAAUGCAAUAUUUGUUAGUCCAAGCAUACAUUACUGUUCAGAUCCAGUCUAUGCUAUAACCUUUUCUUAUGGCGAUCAACGCGUGAUAGCAGUACUAGAAUGUCGAGUAAAGAAAGAUGCAUUUCACCCUUUUCCAACUACUGUAAGUACAUAUAAAGCACAACCGGGCGACGAUUUACAAGCUAUCGAAUGGCGCAUUACAUGUCCAGCGGCUAUUCGGAUCACAGGAAUAUUGUUCAUUCCGGUUAUCAAAUCACGAGCUGAAGCGGCAAAACUACGAUUAAAAAAAUUGGAAGUUGAUCCUAAUGCUAUUCGAUAA